AUGAAACCUCCUCUCUGCCGUCUCCCAUGGCGACAGAGUGGGUGGAAGGCCGUGGCUGUCCUUCAGGGCCGGCAAAUCAUCGGCUCACAGCUGAGUCCUGCAGCCAUCACACUGGGUCACAACUGUACAGACAUAGGUGCCAUGCUGGAGAGAUAUUACCUGGCACCAGUUUAUGGAAUUGAAUUCAGUAUCGGUUUCCUUGGCAACCUUUUGGUUAUACUUGGUUACGUAUUUUGUUUGCCAGAGUGGCAUAGUUGCAAUAUUUACCUCUUCAACCUGGCAGUCUCUGAUCUUAUUUUCCUCUGCACACUGCCACGCCUCUCCUGCCUCUAUUCACACAACCAGUCAGAAACCAGUCCGUACGCUUGCAUUAUCAAUCGCUAUAUCCUGCACGUCAACCUUUACUCUUCCAUCCUCUUCAUGGUUUGGGUCAGCAUGGACCGCUUCCUGCUCAUAAAACACCCAACAAGGAAUCACUAUCUCCUGAGGCCACGGACAGCACUGAUGGUGACGGGGCUGAGCUGGCUAGCUGUUAAUGUGGAAGUCGCCCCAAUGAUAGGACUGAUGGUCCAGGACAUACAGAGACAAAUGAUGACAAAUAUGACCCUCUGCCAGGAUUUUUCCAGCUUAAAAGGAAACAUCAAUGUUUUGGGCUACAGCUUGGGGCUAACCGUGACUGGCUACAUUCUCCCUCUGAUUGGACUUUGUGGUUUCUCCUGCCAAAUUGCACAUUUGCUCCAUGUCCAGGAAAGAGCUCUACAGCGCAAGAGAACAUUGUACAAACGGCCUCUCAGGGUUGUUGUGUCAGCUGCAGCCAUGUUUCUUGUUCUCUACACUCCCUACCAUGUCCUGAGAAAUGUCAGGAUAGCGUCUCUGCAGCCCUGGACAAGGCUGCACCCAUGUACACAGACGUACAUAGAGAGCAUAUACAUUGUGACCAGACCACUGGCCUUCUUGCACAGUGUCAUCAACCCCGUCUUCUACUUCCUCAUGGGUGACCAGUUCAGAGAACUCCUACUUUCUAAUCUCAGAAAGCUAGUCAGAAAGACAGAGCUACAAAAAGAACCAGCUUAACAUUUAAAAAUAGAUUCCUGUAUAUGUACAAAAGAAUACAGGCUCGAUAUAUCCAC